CCUUAUUGCGCCAUGCUGUCUCGCGCCGCUGGCACCGUCCUCGUCCGUGUAGCGUCAACGACGCGCACGUUUCACAGCACUCCCAUGCUGAGUGCGCGAAAGAGCAAGUCGUUAUCCCGUCUCACAAUCAAGCGCUCUGUGCUGGACACGCAAAACACCAUGAAGAACUUUGACAUGUCUUCAUUUCAAGACGAUGAAGACGACAACAAGGACGCUCCUCCGUCCGUGCAAAUCACCAACAUGAAGGCCGCGCUGAAGCAGUUGAACGACCCAGAUUCGUUCGAUCUCGACAAGAUCCCGUUGAUGAAGCGCGGCGCGACCGCCAACGAGGACAUGAUGACGGAAGAGGAGUUUGAAGCGUUCCUCGACGAAGACGAGGACGACGAGGACGAAGAGCAUGAUCGCGAACUCGAAGCGCUCGAGCGCGAAGACGACAAGAAGCGCGUGACCAAGAUGCUGUCCCCCGCGCGCGCCAUGCAAGCGCUCCAGGGCGGCGACAAGAAGCGCGUGACCACCAAGAAUGCCAAGCCCCUGCAACGCGACGAAAAGGCGGACAAUCGAUUCAACCCCGAGCUCGUCAACCAUCGCCAGCAGCGCGUGGGGCUGCUCCUGGAAGGGUUCAUCCAAGACGUCAUCUUGCGCGAAACCGACCUCUGCAAAGGCUCGACCCAAGUGUGGAUAACCAGCGUCAACAUGUCGCCCGACCUGCGGCGCGCCGACCUGUAUUGGGACGUCACGACCGUCUCCCAUGGCAAAGUGAGCAAGACGGUCGAAGCCAAGGUCGUUCGUCGACUCACAAACAUGACCAAAUGGCUGCGGGUUCGCGUGACCCAAGAGCUCGGGCUCAAGUAUACGCCCAAAUUGGAGUUUAAACGACAAGACAACACGGGGUUGGAACGGCAAAAACUGUUUGAUGCACUCAUGGCGCAGCAAGGGUAUUGAUACAUACACUGUAACACUAUUAUCCAAUAUGUCUUCUUACACUAUUAUCCAAUAUAUCUUAUUCGUGCACGUCACCCCCACUUUGGUCGUCGUCUCCAUCAAACAACUGCUCCAUCACAACGAGGCGCCGGACGAGCGGGCCGACGUUGAAGCCGACGACGGCAUGCCGCUCCAG